UCAAAACAAGGUUAAUAAAAUUUUGUUUUACAUACUAUUUUCAUUUUAUUGGUAUUUUUUCUUAAUAAAUGUUUUCUGCAGUUUAAAAACAAGGUUCUAAACAGAUAAGGUGCAUAAACAAUUUAAUCAUGUCGUCAACAUUAAGUUAACAGCCAACCCUUUGUUAUUUUUGGUGUACUAUUUUUGUCCGCUCUACAUUCGGUGCAUUGAAAUAAUUUUGACAUCCAGGAAAAGAAUGUUCUUCGUGCGUGGUGAGGUGUGAAGAGCGUGUGUGAUGGUAAUGACGUGCGCGACAGGCAUGGGCGACGCGCUGCUGCGCGAGCGUCUGCCGGCGCUGUGGAGGCGUAUCGAGGACACACACUAUAGCUACCUCGAAACUGACGACAGCCCAGAGAAGUUGCAGCAGAAAGAGAAAUUAGAAGAUUACAUUAUCGAGUACCUGUCACUAGUGCCACAUGAGUGCAAGUUUGGGCUAGCAGAGACUGGCAAGGUGUUCCAGCGGACUAUCAAUGAGUUGUCAGAAUUCAGCGCGUACCGUGCCGGCCUCGGUUGGGCGGCGCUAGCGCGGUACGCUGCCAAUCUUCUCGCACAACCAUGGCGGAAGGAAUAUAAGGUCAUAAGGUUAUAUUGUGGUUACUAUAAACAUGAGGUAGAGGCGAACAUGGUAGGCGCGGAGAUACUGCUGCAUGCAAUGGGAUAUAAGUCAGUGGGCUCCGGCCGCAUGGCUCUUGAUGCACCAAUUUGCCCUGAUAUGGUCGCAGCUGUUUCCAGAGAUGCGCUCAUUGCCCAGUGUGAAUGUCAGAUAAUGUCUCAGAUUUGGGAGGCGGUGUGGAGUAGCGGCGCGCGCGUGUCGUGGGCGGAUGUGGCCCGCGAGCGCGUGUCGCACGCCGCAUCCGCCGCCGCAGCCGCCGCGCGCCUCGCCGCCCCGCACUCACAUCCGCACCAACAUCCACAUCCGCAUCUACAACAACUACCGCCCCUGCGGGAUGCUCGCCAUAUUGAUCUGUCAUAUGUCGACGGUCCAGAAAUAUACUCCAAUGUGCCAGUAACAGUAACAGAACUUCCGUCACGGAACAGGUACCAUCCCCUAACUACAUGCAACCGAAUAUGUCCAGAAGAAACCUCAUUGGAUGAGCCCAUUGUGCCGAUGAUGCAUCCUUCCUAUAUGAUGGCCCCAAAUGCCAUACCUCCUCAGAUGAUGUACCCUAUUCCACAUCAGCAUAUGCACCCGGACGUACCUGUAACAGUUACCAAUGUACCAAUGAUGACUCCUUAUGGGGUACCUUAUUACUAUCCCGUUCAGUCGCCGUACAUGAUACCUACUCCUGUAUACGCACCUAUAAAACAUGCUAACAAUGUUCCUAUCAAUGGUUAUCCACCUAUACCACAAUAUAGGUAUCCAACAGUCCCAACAGCUCAAUUAAUAGAAUUGGAUUCGCCAUCUAUCUAUGAGAAUGGCAAGUUUGACAGGCACAGAGAUGAGGAUCGUGGUCACAAAAAGAAUAGACAACUUGAAAACUCGAGGCGGAAUAGCACGUCGAAAUCAAAUUUCAGUGAUAUUACUUUACCGAGUUUACCUCGAUCAGACACUCAACCUGUUUUGAGUAAAGCCAGAGAGGAUGGUAUGGGGACAUACGAAAGCUGGGAUUAUGUAUUUAGAAAUUUGUCUAGCAAAGAUCAAGACGGUGACGGCCGGAGUCGAUACUCACCGUCUCUCGAUAGGGAUUCGAGGACGCUUGACAGAUUGGACAGGGAAGAACGUAGAGCGAAAUAUCAACCUACAACACUUGACUUAGAAGAUGGUCUACAAGCGAUGAAUCUCGACCGGUCAUACGACGACGAAGUUUAUCGAACGGCUAAAGUGAACGAGAAUUUAAUGAAGAUGAAACACGAGCAAGAGUUAAAACGCGCUAAGCAAUUAGCAAAGAAACAAGCGGAAGAAAAGAGGAUACGGAAACUUGAACCCAUCGGUAAUCCUAAGGCUGACGCCUUAAUCCCGACGAAAGUUGCACCGGAUAAAGUGAAGUUAUUGACAAAGAAAGAUAUAAAAGACAGGAAGGAAGUAAUCAAGCAGCAAAAUUCUAUAAAUGGUACAAUGUCGAGUACGGCAGAAGUGAAAAAAGUAAAAAAGCCCACGAAAAAUGUGGCCAUAGAAGUUGAAAAGCCGAGCAAGAGCAAACCUGUAGAAAAUGGAAUAAAUAAUGUGCCACACAGUUCCAAGAGUAAUACAGGUUCAAUUUCCACACAACCAAAUAAUGAGUUAAAAGCGCAGCUAAUAGUAUCGCUAGACGAGCCGGAUACCGCGCGGCCCGCCAGUCGCUCGUCUGUGCGUCCCGAGCGAAGCGACGAGCGGUGGGAGUGCACGACAUGCACUUAUCUGAACCGCGGCGCGCUAGGCGCCUGCGAGAUGUGCGGUAAGUCGCGUCGAGGCCCUGAGAUCCAGCCGUUAACUUCGGGAGGACGUGAGUGCCCCGCCUGCACGCUCGUCAACCGCCGCGACGCGCGGCUUUGCGACGCCUGCGGCACGAGUCUCGACCACUGUCCCACCUACAUAUAGGCCGCUUGUAUCGCCUCUUAUCAGCGAUUCGUCAAUCGUCACCACGCCUGAGUUUGUAACUCCUGCGUUACUUGCCUCGACCACUGUUACCACGCUUGAAUAAUUAUGUUAACUAUUGAAUUAAGCCGGCCUCAGAUGUAGUUUCAAAGUGCAAAUAUUAUCAUUGUCCCGUCCUGUGUCGAUUUUUUAACACACAUCUAGGCGUUAAAGUUCAAGUGAGUGACGUGUUUUGUACAGUAAAAGCG